AUGCCAGCGACAACAACGACCAUCACUUGGCCGCCCACCAGGGAGACCCACAUCAUCACCACCAUCCUAAACGGCUCGACGAUCACAAUACCCGCCUACCAGACCGCGAACCUAACGCUCUUCCCAAACUACACCACCAUCACCACUACCACAAAACCCCCACCGACUACUGUCAUUGGGGCCAAUCCCCCUCCGCCCUACGUCAGCGGCUCUCCCACAUCCACAGCAACAAAUCAAGGCGAUGGGCCCUCAACGGCCGUCCUUUGGAGGAAUUGGGGCCUCGUCGUCCUGGCGGUUGUCAUCCUGGCGAUCAUUGGUGGGCUGGCGCUGAGGCAUUACAGGAGUGGGCGCACCAAGAAGCAGGAACCUGGGACGUUUGCUCCGGUGGGCGAGGACGAUGGGGGAACUUCAUCGACAAUACCGGGAGGGAGUAGUAUCAGCUUAGGGACAUUAGGUGGACAUCAUCACCAUCAUCAUCCGAGUCAGAGUGCGGUCACGGAUAGUAAUGUGAGGGAACGAAGGAAUUCCCAACCAAUUCCUCGCGCCCUGGAUCUGGAUGGACAUUCUCGGUCUUGA